GGUGUUCUGGGCGUGAGUCCUCCUGUGUCUGAGAGUCUGAUGAGCCUGCCGAUCUUAGUCGGAUAGCCCCAGAGGGCUGGGUUUGAUUGGUGGGGGGCUUAUUCGCAUUUACCCCGCAAGCCCAACUGAUGCUUGAUGAAGGGGAGAUAACGGGGAACUUUGGUGGGUCUUCCACUUUGGAAGAAAGGACUCUUGCUGGGGUGGAUUCUACUGUGUAAGGAUGCAGAACUAAGGUUUCCCCUUCUACUCCCCUUUCCCCCUCCCACUUCCCUCUCCCAUUGGUGUUUGUUAGAAACUGAGGUUCCUAGCUUCCCAGCCAUUCAGGGAUUUCCUCAGUGAGCUGUUCCCCCCGUGCUCCAGAGGGCACCUGGCUGCCUUCCUGACUCCCUCACUGCCCCUAGAGCAACACUGAACCUGCCACACAGCAAUGGAUUCCUCACUCCUGGGCCGGGGACACCCGGUGGAGCCUAGGGAGUCACAUCUUCCUCAAGCCUGCUUUGAACUCUCAACUCUCAUCUUUCUCCUCUGUCUCCUCCCCCCGAGCUCCCCAGGGUAACCCUAACCUGCAAAUACUAAAUGGAAAGGAAAAGAGAAAGAUUUGGAAAAAUAGAAGUAUUAAUGAAGGGGGACCCACUGAUGGGGUCAUCCAUUUUUCUCAGGCUCAAGUCAGCCCUGGGCAGCCUCAGACUGGAGGAGGAGUAAAGUGAACGUGACAUAACUAGGUCUGCCCUCAUCUGUGAGGACUGAAAAGAGGGAGCAUAGCAGUCCAUGUGUAGAACUCCAGAUCUGCUCUCAGGACGCCUGCCUUGUGUGUUCCUUAGUGGAUAAUCCCAUGUGGUGGGGUUGGGCAUAUGGUGGCGGCAUGCCCAUGCCUUGAGACAGUGUAGGGCCCGAGGCCCACAUUCCUAGAGAAGAGGGAGGGAUGAGACCUUGGACAGAGAAGCCGCCUCCUGGAUGUCUCCCCCAUCCUUUAGUCCCGUUAGCUGAGGACAUCAGUGCUGGCCAAGGGCAGCCUGAAGACUUCUGGUGCCUCCCCCACCUGGCUCCCAUCCCCUGCUCUAGAGAAUCACUUAGCCUCUGCUGGAACUGCGUGGAACUCCAGCCUGACCUUUUGAGCCCUCCUGCUUUCCUGACUAUUACGCAAGCCCAGGGCAGAGCACUAGGCUGUGAAAAUCCUGCAGUUACAAUCUCAGUAGCUCAUUCUACUCUGCUUCCCUAAUGUCAAAAGCUACGACUUUGUCCUGGACCCAUUGCUUUCUGGGGUAUCUAUAACUUCUUCCUUCCGUGUAUAGAUAGCUGUGUGCAGAUUCCCUGUGUGGUCGGCUCCUCUUGGAGACUGGAGGGCCCAUGAGACUGAUCCUGCCUUCUUGGCCUACUUCAAACGCAAUAACAUCUCUUCUCAGGACUCUCUGGCCCUGAUUGUGGAGCCUAGCUGACUGGUGGCUCCUCCCCUAGGCAAUAGUAGCUUACUUGGGGUAGGUAGGGAUGAAUGCAUGUACAGAGGAACCUGGCCAAGUCCCGCUGUAACUGUGGACUAGAGGUCCAAUCACUCAAGGGCACCGGACAGGCCCUGAGAGGCCUGACCCUGGAAUUGGAAGUCACUUGAGGUAGGGACCAGGGAUUGACAGCUUUUAAAGGGGCCGAUGCUGGCUCUAGAAAUUUGUAGCUAUUGGGCCCCAACUAAGGCUUACUCUUAGGGGCAGAGGAUUAAAUGAGGCUCUGAUUUGGCCCAGAGUGGACCUGAUCUUUCAGGGUCCCUGAAUAAAGACAGGCUAGAAGUUCUGACUUGGCAUAGAAAUGUGAUUCCUGCUGAUUCUCUCCCGGAGCUUGAGGCAAGGUGGCAUUGGGGGCCGGGGAGUGGAGUGCCAGGACCAUGCAGACAUCCUCUUCUUCCCCUCAAAUCUGUUUUCCUUUCCAACAAUGUGCCAAGAGUGAAUUCCCUCUGGUUCCGUGGCCCAUUUCAGGUGUGUGUGUGUCUCUAGGAGUUUUCUCUGACCAUUUACUACCCAGGGUUUGACUGAAGCCAUUUUCUCCCAGGAAAAACCCCAUAGGUUUGGACAGGGUGCUGUUUCCUCAGGUGCACAGGACAGCCCCUGUCUGGUGCUUCUUAGAGGCCCCUGAGGCCCUGACCAGAAGGAGGUACUAGGGAGAAAGAUGGAACCCCUGGAAGUGUGGAGCCUUGUUCUGGGGAAGCGACCCCAUGGAAUUAGAGGCCACCGGGGCUAUGGAAUGUGCUGGGGAUUAGAGCUUCUCAUCCCAGCUCACACUCUGCCACAGAUCUCAACACUUCUGUUUGCGACACUCUACAUCCUCUGCCACAUCGCCCUGACCCGCUUCAAGAAGCCCACUGAGUUCACCACAGUGGAUGAUGAAGAUGCCACAGUCAACAAGAUUGUGCUCGAACUGUGCACCUUUACCCUGGCGGUUGCCCUGGGUGCUGUCCUGCUCCUGCCCUUCUCCAUCAUCAGCAAUGAGGUGCUGCUCUCUCUGCCUCGAAACUACUACAUCCAGUGGCUCAACGGCUCCCUCAUCCAUGGCCUCUGGAACCUCGUUUUUCUCUUUUCUAACUUGUCCCUCAUCUUCCUCAUGCCCUUUGCAUACUUCUUCACUGAGUCUGAAGGCUUUGCUGGCUCCAGAAAGGGUGUCCUGGGCCGAGUCUACGAGACGGUGGUAAUGUUGAUGCUUCUCACUCUGCUGGUGCUGGGCAUAGUGUGGGUGGCAUCAGCCAUUGUGGACAACAACAAGGCCAGCAGGGAGUCACUCUAUGACUUCUGGGAGUACUACCUCCCCUACCUCUACUCCUGCAUCUCCUUCCUCGGAGUCCUGCUGCUCCUGGUUUGUACUCCAUUAGGUCUCGCCCGCAUGUUCUCGGUCACUGGGAAGCUGCUGGUCAAGCCCCGGCUGCUGGAAGACCUGGAGGAGCAGCUGUACUGCUCAGCCUUUGAGGAGGCAGCCUUGACCCGCAGGAUUUGCAAUCCCACCUCCUGCUGGCUGCCUUUGGACAUGGAGCUGGUUCACAGACAGGUCCUGGCUCUGCAGACACAGAGGGUCCUGCUCGCUUCCCAUCCCUGCACAGAGAAGCGGCGGAAGGCUUCCGCCUGGCAGCGGAACCUGGGCUACCCCCUGGCCAUGCUGUUCUUGCUGGUACUGACGGGCCUGUCUGUACUCAUUGUGGCCAUCCACAUCCUGGAGCUGCUCAUUGAUGAGGCUGCCAUGCCCCGGGGCAUGCAGGGUACCUCUCUGGGCCAGGUCUCCUUCUCCAAGCUUGGCUCCUUUGGUGCUGUCAUUCAGGUUGUACUCAUCUUUUACCUGAUGGUCUCAUCGGUUGUGGGAUUCUACAGCUCUCCACUCUUCCGGGGCCUGUGGCCCAGAUGGCACGACACAGCCAUGACACAGAUAAUUGGGAACUGUGUCUGCCUCCUGGUCCUGAGCUCAGCACUUCCUGUCUUCUCUCGAACUCUAGGGCUCACUCGCUUUGACCUGCUGGGUGACUUUGGACGCUUCAACUGGCUGGGCAAUUUCUACAUCGUGUUCCUCUACAAUGCAGCCUUCGCGGGCCUCACCACUCUAUGUCUGGUGAAGACCUUCACCGCAGCUGUGCGGGCAGAACUGAUCCGGGCCUUUGGGCUGGACAGACUGCCAUUGCCUGUCUCCGGUUUCCCCCGGGCAUCUAGGAAGACCCAGCACCAGUGACCUCCAGCUGGGUGUGGGAGGGAGAAAACUGGACACUGCCAUCUGCUGCCCAGGCCUGGAGGGGUGGGUGGACCUCAGGACCUGGAAUCUGAGAGGGUGGGUGGCAGAGGGGAGCUGAGCCGUCUGCACUGUCGCAUAAUCUGAGCCAGAGUUUGGGACCAGGCCCCCCCGCCGCUUUUCCAGAUUUAACCAUGGGCCCCAGUGUGGGGUGGGGCUGCGUGACUGGGUCUGGCUCCUGGUCCCAAACGUGUUUACACAUCACUCUGCCUCACUGCUGUUUCGGGCCAUGCCCGUAGCCAUGUUUACAUGAUUUGAUGUGCAAUAGGGUGGGGUGGGGACAGGGGAGGGACUGGGCCGGGGUGGACUUGGGAGGUGGAUUGUCUCCCUUGCCUCUGGCCCAUCAGAACCUAAGCACUGUGCUGUCCUAGAGGGGUUUUGGACUACCAGAGAGAUGAGGGCAUAGGGAGGAAGAGGCCACAACUAUCAGCAAUAAAGUUGAUCCAGGGUUUGCUUUGGUUUUUUAAA